AUGCAUCGCUCAUCUCUUCCAUACUUCCUUCGCUUCAUUCUUCAUAUUCAUGUAGUAUACUACGUCUUAGCUUUAUGCCUUUCCCCACACGCCAAUGCCACCGAACAGCAACCUCUAGGCUCCUUUGGAGUCACACCACCCAAACGGGUCGCCGUGAUCGGAGCUGGGGCUGCCGGGUCUAGCACUGCUUAUUCACUACGCAAGUAUGCGGAUGCCUUGGACAUUCCUCUCAAUAUAACCGUCUUCGAACGUUCUCCCUAUGUUGGCGGGCGUUCCACAACAGUGAAUGUCCAUGACAAUCCAGCUACGCCCGUAGAGCUAGGUGCCUCGAUAUUCGUGGAGGUUAAUCAUCACCUUGUCAAUGCAUCCAAAGAGCUCGGACUCCAUGUUAAUAGCGCCAAUCAUGACCGACCUAGAGAGACUGAAGACACCCUUGGCGUCUGGGACGGGGAGCAGUUCGUCUUUGUGAUGAAGGAAGCAUCUUCCUGGUGGAAUAUUGCGAAGCUGGUUUGGAGGUAUGGAUGGACACCCGUGAGGACCUAUCGCUUGAUGAAGUCGACCGUCAACAACUUCCUCAAACUCUACGACGAGCCUAUAUUCCCCUUUUCAUCCCUUACAUCGGCGUCAGAAGCAGUAGGGCUGGUCAAUGUGACUGCCGUUCCUGGAGAGGCCUUCCUCCAGCAGAACCAGGUAUCCGCCAAAUUCUCCCGCGAAGUCAUCCAAGCUAGCACCCGUGUCAACUACGGACAAAACCUUGCCCUGAUUCAUGGCCUUGAGACUAUGGUCUGCAUGGCGACUGAGGGUGCCAUGGCCGUGGAGGGAGGCAACUGGCUGAUCUUCGACGGGAUGCUCAAACUAUCCCACGCCGACCUCCGCUUAAACCACACAGUGACAUCCCUCGAUUGGGACGCGAACGGCCCCUCGACCCUAACCUUCACCACAGCCACCAACUCAGAAGAGAAGCUCGAGUUUGACGAGGUUGUCAUCGCCGGUCCGUGGCAAUUCUCCAACAUCACCGUUACACCACCACUAAAGAAGACGCCGGACGAAAUCCCUUUCGUGACCCUCUACGUCACUCUCUUCGCCACUCCGCACCGUCUCUCACCCAAGUAUUUCGGCCUCACAGAACCCAAUGCCUACACUCCCGAGACGAUCCUCACCACCCUCCCUCCAGAGACCGACAUCGGCAAAAGCGAAGCCGGGGUCGGUCCAGCCGGCUUCUGGAGCAUCAGCACUCUCCGGACCGUGGACGCCCCAGACCCGUCAGAAGGGAAACACUACGUCUAUAAGAUCUUCUCCCCGGAACGGCCAACAGCCGAAUUCAUCGAAUCGAUUCUCGGCCUCGAGCACAAAUCCUGGUUCCAUGAGAAGAUCUGGCGGCCGUAUCCGUUCGAGUAUCCGCGUGUCACGUUCGAAGAGCCACUCCUUGCCCCCCAUGUCUGGUAUACGGGCGGGAUUGAAAGCUUCAUCUCUACGAUGGAGACGAGUGCAUUGAUGGGGAGGAAUGUAGCUGCUUUGAUGUCUCGAGAGUGGCAGGCCCAGGCUGACGGGAGGGAGGCGGAGUCAGCAGCGUAUGCGGUUCGUCAUGAGCUAUAA